UUACGAGAUGAAGAACUCUUUUUUUUUUAUGAAGAUGGACAAAACAAUAUUUAUAAUGAAAACGGUCAAUUAAGGUAUGUUUCUAUGGAGGAUGUCAUGUCAACUAUCGACGAUCCCAAUAUUGUUCUUGAAACUUUGGUUAAUCAUUCUUCUUAUAUGAAGAAUAAGCCAUUGGAAAAACAACCGACUGAAAACAAAAAGUCAACUACUUCAAAGCCAGUGAAAUUUGCCUCAAAGAGGAAUAAUGUGGACUAUAGCAUUAAUCAGAGGACAACAUUCAUCGAUCGUAUGAUCGAAUUACCUAUGGGACAGAGGUAUGCCGCUGUGGUCGGGAGAGAACUAGGUGUCAAAAAACGAACUGCUCAACGUUGGUGGAGAAGCUACAAAGAGAUUGGCGAAGUGCCUGUGGUAAAAACGUAG